CACUAAUAUAAUGGCAAUUGUUGCGCACGUUGAUAUAUAUCGUACCAUCAACUGCCCAAAAUACAUUUAUGACAUCGUAGCACAUAGCCAUUGUAACUCCAUGCCACAUAAAGUCGUUCGAUUAUUAAGAAUUAUACGCACUGUUCGAAAAGAUGGAUGCUAUAAACGUGCCGGAUUUCGAUGACCUCCCUAAAGUCCCAGAUAUGCCCCAAGGAUGCGCCUGGGGCACCUUUGACAAGGACGGCAAGAAAGACCUUUUGGGCACUUUAAACCUCGUGACGCCGUCUGUUACAAAGGCCGCUUUCAGAGAGGCGCGAGAUGGCAUAUCCAUCUCCUUAAAUUGGCCUCUCAAUGCUAUGACUUUCCCGGUGCCGGGGAGAAUGGCCCCCGUACAUAAGCAAAUGACUUUACAGGAAGCGGGAUUAUCUGGAGGGAUAGGUUGGGAUGACGAGAUCCAUUUCAACACGCAACUGAGUAGUCAGUGGGAUAGUCUCAUCCAUUGGCAUCAUCAGCCAUCCGGGCUGGCUUAUAACGGCAUUGCUGUUAAUAAGGAGGCACUUGCCGCGUCACAUACCUCUGCAAACACCACACCUACAUUAGACCACUGGCAUGCGGCGGGUGGACUGGUGACGAGGGGUGUUCUCAUCGACUUUAAGGAGUGGGCGGAAAAGCGUGCCAGGGCAGAGGGGAAAACUGGGCAGCAAGCGGUCUUCAACCCCGUUGACGGCCAUCGUAUCACGGUUGAAGAGAUCGAGGCUGUAGCUAAGGAUCAAGGCAUCGAGUUCCGGCAAGGCGAUGUUCUCAUAGUCCGUACGGGGCUCACUGAGAUACUACAGGCACCGCGUCCUGAAGACUUUGCAAAAUUACAAAACGGGACAAUUGCCGGCCUACAUGGUGUCCUCGAAACUGCCAAAUGGCUGUGGAAUAAGCACUUCGCUGCUGUGGCGGGUGAUUCCUGGGGCUUUGAGGCUCUGAUGCCCCUGAAAGAGGAUGGGACGGUGGGUAGCCCAAUGGACCUAUUUCUCCAUCCUUGGUUGCUCUCGAUGUUCGGUAUGUCAAUCGGCGAACUCUGGGAUCUCAAGGCGCUUUCUGAGCACUGCAAGGCUUCGGGACGAUAUAGCUUCCUUCUUACAUCGGCACCCUUGAAUAUUCCUGGGCUUGUUGGAUCUCCGCCAAAUGCCUUGGCCAUUUUCUAAGACGAAUGCGACUAGCAACACACGAGAUUGUACAUAAAUAGCGUGCACUAGUCCCC